AGCCCACCCUCGAAGCACAAGUUCAAUCGUAGCGGGUGAAGCAACACAUUUUUUUAUCUAUAUACAAGGAUUUAGGGAGAUCAUACAGUGACUUCCAAUCGUAUAGAUCAUAAUCUGUGAUAAAAUGUCGUCGUAAUAGAUCGAGAAAUUACGAAGAAGUGACGUUUUGUUGCUGGUGCCGUGGUAAGGUGCGAGUAUAGGUUAGGGAAGAGUACCGAAGAUUUCGUUAGAAAACGACAAAGAUGCCCUUAAAAAAUUAGGCGGUGAAUGCCGCUGUUACGUGCGAUAAGUAUAUCAUUCAAAUCAGCAUGGUGCAACGUCCAGUCGCGCCCAGGCGCAACGUCAGAAUUCUGUUGAUCGGCGAUCGUGGAGUUGGUAAGACUUCUCUGAUACUAUCGUUAGUAAGCGAAGAAUACGCGGAAGAUGUGCCCUGCAAAGCAGAAGAGAUCACAAUACCGGCUGAUGUCACCCCUGAGCAGGUUCCUACCCACAUUGUUGAUUAUUCGGCUGCAGAGCAAACUGAAGACCAAUUAAGCGAUGAAAUUCAAAAGGCACAUGUAAUUUGCGUUGUAUAUUCUGUGGUAGAUGAGGAUACAUUGGAUAGAGCAGCUACUUAUUGGUUACCAUUAAUCAGACGAUGUUCAUCCAACAAUCGUUGCCCGGUGGUCCUUGUAGGAAACAAGAUUGAUCUUGUUGAUUAUUCGACCAUUGAGGCUGUAUAUCCUAUAAUGAAAGAAUUCACUGAAAUUGAAAGCUGUAUCGAGUGUUCUGCCAAAACAUUACAAAAUGUUUCAGAAACAUUUUAUUAUGCACAAAAAGCUGUUUUGCAUCCUACCACACCAUUAUACAAUUAUGAUACCCAAGAGCUUACAGAAGAAUGUAAAGUUGCGCUUCAGAGAAUUUUUAAAAUAUGUGAUUUGGAUAAUGAUGGUUUGCUAAACGAUAUGGAACUAAAUGCAUUUCAACAAUGGUGCUUCAACACUCCGUUACAACCACAGGUUUUGGAGGAUGUGAAAGCUGUAUUAUCAAAAAAUAUCCAAGAUGGCAUUUGUAACGGAUGCGUUACCAUGAAAGGUUUUAUGUAUUUACAAUGUUUAUUUAUACAACGGGGAAGAAAUGAAACAACUUGGGCUGUGUUGAGAAAAUUCGGUUAUGAUAAUGAGUUACAAAUGUCUAAAGAAUACAUAAAUCCACCACUAAAGGUUCCUGUUGGUUGUACAACUGAAUUAUCACACAAAGGUCAAGAAUUUUUAACGUUGUUAUUUAUGCAACACGAUCGUGAUCGGGACGGUGCUCUUUCGCCUUCUGAACUGGAGUCAUUGUUUUCACGAUGUUUAACAGCACCCUGGGGUGACGAGUAUAAAUAUACUGUACCAACUAAUGAAAAGGGAUGGAUCACAUUUCAAGGGUACAUGUGUCAGUGGGCAUUAUUAACUCUGACUAAUGUACGAAAAACUCUAGAAUAUAUGGCGUAUUUGGGGUACAACAUGUAUAAUAACGAAUGUCAAACAAACGCAAUCGUGGUUACUCGUGAAAAGAAGUUGGAUUUGGCAAAGAAACAAUCAAGCAGGAAUGUUUAUAGUUGUCAUGUGAUCGGUCCGAAAAGUAGUGGAAAAACAACAUUAUGUAGAACAUUUGUAGAUCCAAAACUUGAGAAAUUAACCGAUGAAAUGGUGCCGUCGAAUUCGCAUGUAACCGUGAAUACGGUACAUGUGUAUGGCCAAGAGAAGACAAUAAUUCUGCGGGACAUAAAUAUACUUAAUGUUCAAGAUGCUUUAACUCCAGCACAAAUUCAAUGUGAUGCGGCGGCUCUUGUUUAUGAUGCUAGUAAUCCUAAAUCAUUUGAAUACAUCGCACGAAUUUAUAUUAAAUAUUUUGCAGACAGUAAAAUUCCUGUUCUCAUAAUAGCAAAUAAGAGUGAUCUGUCUGAAGUAAAACAAGAGUAUUUGCUGCAACCAGUAAGUUUUUGCAAUAAGUACAAAUUGAUGCCGCCACAACCGUAUAGCAUCUCCCGUACAGUACGACGUGAAAUCUUCGUUAAAUUAGCAACAAUGGCAGCUUUUCCCCGCUUUCAAGGAGCAUGGGUAUUAUUUUACAGAGACAGUCCUUUGAGGCGUAUGGUCCACAUGUUGCUUGUCAAACCCUCACCCACUCAAUGGUGGAGUUCUUUUACAAGGUUUUUGUUCGUAUUAUAAGUUUCUGUUAAUUUCACGGUGUGCUCACGACUUACAAUAUGAAAUGUUACGAAUAUUGUCUUUUUUUUUCUUUUUGCAUGAGCAUGAAAUACAAAUGGGUUUUGAAUUUUUGUCGUGACUUUUCAGAAAAACAUUUCACACAUACAUUUCUUUUUAUAUUAUGUGUGUUAUAUUUUUGUGAAAUUGAAAUAUCUAAAAGAACUAGCUAUAACUUCGUUAUAGGGUUGUGUGUCAUGUUAUUUAAUUACACUAUGAUAUGUGUGUAUACACGAGUUUUCUCAUAACCGGAGAAUUAAUAUAAUUUUUUCUCGGUCCCUAUGAAAAUUAAUUCUUGACGUUACAGACAUAUAAAUCAGUUUGGGCUAAUGCAAGGGGAUUCAAUCGUCUGGUGGAAGGCUGGCCUUGGAAUUGCAGUCGCUACUGUUGCCGGUUUU